GGUUGAUCUGCUCUCGAGCGGGCCCUCGAGCGCCAGGUCAGAUGCGCGUUGCAGCGGUAUGCUCAUCAAUUGUUACAGAAGUUAUACUGUUCGUCCUGCGUUACACGGUCCCUCCAGCGCGGCGUCUCUAUCUUGUCCAUUCUCCCGGUUCGCCUGUCGCGGCCGGGUCUUUGUGACAUUGUCAAUGCCAUCGUACCUUCGCGCUCUAUUGCACGUCCGCGCUCUAUCGCGCGUCUGCGAUCUAUUGCGCGUCUGCGAUCUAUUGCCCGCUCGCGAUGCGAUACGCAGCCUUCAGAGUUCAGCGCGCAUCUUCACCUUCAAAUUCUACCCCUCGUAUAUCCUCGCGCCGUCGAGACUCUGCUGUACUCCAUUGUGUCGAUGCCGGUCUCCGCGGGCCGCAGAAUCAUCCUGCCUGGGACCGCCCGUCCCACAGAUGACCGCCAGUCCCACAGAUCCCGCACAUCCGCAUACACGCCCCCAGACGUUCACCCGCCACACCCCCAACACCCCAGGUGCCUGCCCUGCCCCUCUGAUCCUCGGGGCUGUAUACCCCUCUUAUCGCGCCGGCGCCUUGGAUCAGAACGCUCGCAACGCCGUGGAUCUCGAGAGCGCUGACUUGAACUCAACAACUCGAGAUCAGAAAGCGCACAACACCUUGAGAUCAGAACCUCUCGCCAUCGUCUUCGGCACUCUCCGCGGUCCCUACCACGCGAUGCCACCGUCGCCGCCACCGCUGCACUCACGCCGAGCUCCCAAAUGUGACGCCGAGCUCCCAAAUGUGGCAGCCCACCUCACAAAUGCGACACCGAACGCCAUUCACCGGGCGACCGGUGCGGGCGCCUCCCGCGAGGCUUUCCCGUGGGAUGUAUGCGCGCCCUCGACGGUCCCACGCGGAUUCUCUCGCCCCGUAUGGCGCGAGCGCUUCUCAGGCGCGAGGAUCCUCCUUAUUCGUGCGUGCGCGGGCGCCCACGGUGUGGCUGGCGCUCAGGCGACGCUCAGGUCGCGGUAAGCAAGGAAAUCGCAGAAUAGAACGUACUGACGCGCCUGUUUGCAGUUGUAUGCGACUCCAGGCGCUCGCACCGAGCUCUAUCG